AUGCUGCGGAGGACCCGGUUCGUCUGCGUCUCCGACACCCACAACACCACCGUCAAGCUGCCAAAGGGCGACGUGCUGAUCCACGCGGGCGACUUGACCAAUCAAGGCAGCUAUUCCGAGUUAUCAAAGGCAGUCCAAUGGCUCGAAAAAGCAGACUUUGAAACCAAAAUCGUCGUCGCAGGGAACCAUGAUAUAACCCUAGACCAAGACUUCUACGCCCAACACGGAUCCCACUUCCACAACCAAACACUACAAUCUCCCCAAGACUGCAAAGCCCUCCUCACAAACUCGCCAUCAAUAACCUACCUCGCCCACGAAACAGCAGCAAUCCGUCUCUCGUCCCCCUCGGGACCACACACCUCCUUCACAAUCUUCGGAUCACCGUACUCGCCACGCAACGGCCUAUGGGCCUUCGGCUACGACGCGCCUCAGCACGGCACCAUCGGCGCCGCGGCGAGUGAUCUGCCCACACUCUGGGACGAUAUACCGCCUGAAGCGGACGUCGUGGUGACGCAUACCCCGCCACACACUCACUGCGACGAAUCCCGCGCCCGGCGCGCAGCGGGAUGUGAGGCCCUGAGACGUGCUUUGUGGCGGGUCCGUCCACGCCUCGCUGUCUGCGGACAUGUUCAUGAGGGACGUGGCGUCGAGAGGGUGCGAUGGGAUCUUGGGUGCGGUGGCUCGGCGUUCAAAGAGGAAAGCGUUGAGGGCUGGAGUGAUCCGGGGCAGGGGAACAAACAGUCCCUCGUGAAUCUGUCAAUCAAGGGCGGGAACCCUCUCCGCAACGACGGGUCGCAUCCGGAGAGUAGUCCAUCGGACGCAGAUGUGAGAAAUACGCCCUCCGGUGCGGCUCCGUCCACCUCCGGACCGAAAUCAGAAACCGCCGCAGAGCCGGGUCUAGGCACCCGCGGCCUCGGCGGCGAUCCAAUCUCCUUCCGUACCGACGUUGCCGCGCUGGCCGGACGCCUUGGCCGGCAGGAGACGUGCGUCGUUAACUGCGCCAUCAUGGCCAAGAGCUAUCCCCACGGCGGCAAGACGGUCAACAAGCCCAUUGUCGUGGAUCUGGAUUUACCGGUGUGGGAGUGGGGUCGCGAUGGUAUGCCGCGGGUCACGUAUGUGGAUUGA